UGCUCUACUGUAUAACUAUGAUUAGGCGCCUAAUAUACGUUUUUUUUGUUUAUAAAUAUUUUUAAUUUGUACACUAACGGAAAAAAACAUAAUUUACCCAAAACUAAUAGUUGCAAAAAUCUAGUAGUUUUAACAUUUUUUUAUUAUAACGUGAAAUUAAUGCCAAAUGGUAUUGUCUGAUAAAGAAGCUAUUAGUCAAAGUAAAUUACUAUACUGUUCAAGUUUAGAAAAACAAUGUUUAAUAGCCCAAGCAAAUAUGCACCAAAUGAAAAUCAAUUUCCUGAUAAAGAAGAGAAACAGAAAAAAGUUUUAGGAUUUUUAGAAGUUAAAGAGGAGUUUUUACAAAAAGAACCUGAAGAGACUGAUAAACAAAAUCUGCUGCUUAAGAAACAAAAGGUUUUAGAAGAUACAAUUUUACAUUAUGAAAGUAAUUUAAUGAAUGAUGAAGUUAAAAGAAGAAUUAAAACAAUAAAAAAAACCUAUGAAUGUCAGUUAGAAGAUAAACGGAAGUUAAUUAGAGAACUUCAACACUUAGUAAAUGUACUGGAAACUGAUAUGAAAGAAAUCAUAAAUAAAAAGGAAAGUACAGAAGUGGUUUUUAACAUUUCUGAUCUUGUAAAAAGAUUUUCAAUGGAAGUAAAUGAUCUUAGUAUAAGCAAAUCAAAAUUAAUAGCUACUGUUUCUAAUCUGGAAAACAAGGUAGAAAUGCAGAAGAAAGAAAUUGACGACUUAAACAAUAUUAUUCGGAAUGAGUAUGUUGCCAAGGAAGAUUAUGAAUUUCUUCAAUCAGAAAAAUAUUUGUUUUUUCAAAACUUGGAGUCAUAUAAAAAGAUUGCAGGGGAUAGCCUAAUUCAAGUAAAUAAUAUAAAAAAACAAAUGAAAGAGUUGCAAGAACAAUUUGUUAAUAAAGAACAAGAAUAUUCUGUUCAGAUGCUAUCUUUAAAAAAUGAAAACCGUUUAUUGAAAAAAAAGUUUCAUGAAGUUGAAGAAAAGUAUAUGCUAAUGGCAUUUACACCUGCUAAAAUUCGAACUGUUGUUGAUGAAGAAACAGAACAAAAAAUUAUAAAAAUGAGAUCAGAAAAGUUACGAUUAGAAGAAGAAAAACAUAAUUUAAAAAAGUUGCAUAGAAGAGAGUUAACACUUCUAACUACUGAAUUAGAAAUAUUAAACGUAAAGAAUGUUAAACUAGAGACAGAGAUAAUAAAAAAAGAUGAAGAAAUUCAAAAGGUAAUACAACAAAUGAAACAACAAGAAAUUAGUUUUAAAGAGGAUGCUAUUAAGCAAGUAAACGAAAAGACUGUUACUCAAGAAAAAAAAAUUCAAGCUUUAAUUUUGUUUCAUGACACAUUUUUUAAAAAACUGAAAGAUUUAUCAAAUGAAUUGCAUACAAUUAAGGAAGAAAAAGAAGCGAUAUCUGGCCAAAUUGUAUUUUUCAUAAAUUUUAUUAAAUCUUCUUUGAUAAACGUAAAAGCAAUGUUUUUAAAUGAAGUGAAAGAAACUGAUAGGCGUUCUCAAAUACUUGUAAAACAAUAUGCAAAAGAGAUCGAGGUUCGCAAACACCUUCAUAAUCAACUCAUUGAACUUAGAGGAAACAUUCGUGUUUUUUGUCGUGUUCGUCCUGUUAUCAAAGAAGAUGGAGAUAAUUCUAAAAAUGUGAUUACAUUUGAUUCUGAUGACAGUUCAAUAAUUAAAGUAGAACAUAAAUUAGUAAAACGCUUGUUUAAAAUGGAUAAAGUUUUUAAUGGGUCUACAUCACAAGCUGAGAUUUUUAGUGAUGUUGAGAGCCUGGUUACUUCAUGUUUGGAUGGUUACAAUGUAUGCAUAUUUGCUUAUGGGCAAACAGGUAGUGGAAAAACAUAUACAAUGGAGGGAACACUUUCAGAUCCUGGCAUUAACCAACAAGCUUUGUCUUUAUUGUUUAAAGAGUGCAAAGAGAAAAUUGAUUGGAAGUAUUCUAUUUGUGUUAGUUAUAUGGAAAUUUACAAUGAAAUGAUAAGAGAUUUGCUAUGUUCUUGUCCUACUGAAAAAUUAGAGGUCAAGCAGAGUAAGGAAGGCACAUAUGUACCAGGAUUAACAAGCAUAGAAGUAGAAAAUGUUUACAAUGUCAAUGAGUUGUUCAACUUAGGCAAAAGAAAUCGAAUUACUGCUGCUACUGAUAUGAAUGCUCAUUCAAGUCGAUCCCAUUCUGUUCUUGUGAUCAAUGUUUCCGGGACAAAUAAGAAUGCAAAUAUCAAAGUUUCAGGCAAACUUAACUUAGUUGAUCUAGCUGGUAGUGAAAGACUAUCUAAAUCAGGUUCUGAAGGCAUUAGAAUGAAAGAGACGCAAAGCAUAAAUGCCUCUCUAUCUUCCCUCAGCAACGUAAUACACUCCUUGAAAAAUAAAUGUACACAUAUUCCUUACAGAAACAGCAAACUAACAUAUCUUCUUCAAGAUUCUUUAGGUGGAGAUUCUAAGACUUUAAUGGUUGUACAAGUUUCUCCCGUUGAAAAGAACUCUGGUGAAACUGUGCUAAGUUUGAGUUUUGCUGAAAGAAUACGUGAUGUUGAACUUGGACUAGCCAGUAAAAAAAUCGUAAAAACAUAAGACAUUACUUAUAAAAAGAUAAAAGAUGUUGAGUUUGGAAAAACUAAUAAUAAAAUAUCCUUGUAAAAGUAAAAAUAUAUUUUUUAUACAAUAGUAAAAUCAUACUUUAUUAUAUAUAAAAAAUAGUUGAGAGAAGCAGAAUUUUAUGUUAAUUUGCAUCAAAACGAGGUACUUUAUAUUAA